GAUCAUUGGUGAAAUAACUGUUAUGGAUGAUGAAACGAGUGAUGAAUUAAAAAUAAAUGUGGUUAACAAUACAAUACCAGACAGUUUAGGUGUCAUCAAUAAUACAUGUAUAAAUAUGUUAGGCAACACGUUUUGCAGAGCAUUGUUAGUUGCAAAACAGGUGUUCACGCAAACGAAUGAGCAAAAAACUCUAGAUUUUACAAUAGUGGCGAUUGAUAAAGCAGGACUGACUUUAAGUAAACCAUUUGCAUUAGAUAUCACCAAGACUAACAAAGCUCCAACGGAUAUACUUCUGAAUCAGAAAGUCUUUGACAGUAUUAAAGUUCCUGAUAGUAGAAGGAAUAUGUCGCUUGGUGUCCUUUCAACAUCUGAUCCUGACUCUGAGGAUAAGCAUUACUAUUCUCUAACAAAUGCCGACGGAAUAGUCUACAUUGAAGGCAAUGAUACAUUGAAGUUGAAUCAAAAUGCAGCGUUACUAUUGCAUACAAACUACACUAUUUCGAUCAUGGUAACAGACAAUGGGAUACCUCCAAAGUCAUAUCUGAAGAAUGUAACAAUUACGCUGGAGAUUGUUAAUGUUUUACCGGAUGGACUUACUAUUUCAAACAAUAAGAUAAAAGAAAACAGUGUCUCGGGAACCUUGAUUGGUCUACUUGAAGGUCAUGACCUCAACAAUCUCCGUGAACAAAUUCAAACCUUAACUUACACCAUUGAUCAAAAUCCUG